AGUAGUGAACGGGAGGGCUGUAGCUGUAGGGUAGAGGUCUAAGCACAGACCGGUACAAGCGUUUCGAAACUGACACCCAGUGGGCCGCAGAGAUUUUUGGAGGAUCCUAGGUCGGUGAAACAAGCAUGGGGAACGCAGAAAGCGGCUGCGGUGGAGGCAGCGGCGACGAGGAAGACAUAGAAACUGAGAGCCCUGGCUUCGCGGAAGACAGUCCGGCCUCUGCGGCCACUGGCGUCGGAGGCGGCGAAGGCUCCGGUACUGGUAAAAGCGGAAGGGGGUCGAAUAACGUGUCCGUGCCCACCAGUGGACCACCUAGUCCCGGGGUCCUCUUAGAACAAGUGAAACUGAGAGAAGCGGCGGCUCGCAUUAGCGACUCAGGGAUCACCAUUCAGGAGUCUGUCCUGGCCGGGAAUGAGAGUGUCCUGGUGCGGUGGCUGGAGGACCGAUUAAACCGAGGAGAAGAGUCUGUCAAUAUGGAACAAUUUUGUGAGAUGUUAGAGAGCAGAGAUGCCACGAGAGAUGAGUGUGAAGAGGCCUUUGGACAGUUUGAUGCAGAGGGGGAUGGGGUGGUGGAUGUAGAGAGUAUGCUCAUUGCUCUGAAGAACUCCAAUGGAGCUAAUCUAAAGGGAGAGCUGAGUCAUGUGAUAAGACAGCUCCAGGCAUGCUCGCUAACUCCAGGUUUUGUUGACAUAUUCUCCAAGACCAAAGACCGGUUAGGGGCACAUGCCUCUAAGAUCCUUAAAUUCUUACACAGGAAUCGAAUUCCCAGCAGUGCCAUCCCUUUCCCCAUUUUAGAGGGCUACAACAGUAUCUGCACCAUGAGGUCCAGUGUUGUCCAAGAUUUUUUGCAGUUCCUCUUGCAGAAGGAGAAAGAUUUAGAUAUCCAGUACAGGGCAGAGCUGGACUGUGAUCCAGAGGUGGACAAGGUCAAAGUGGUCACACAGUGCUACAGCACAAUAGAAGCUUCAUCUAAUCCUGCAGACAUUUACAAGAUGACAAAUGGAGAAACUGCAUCUUUCUGGCAGUCAGACGGCAGUGCACGUUCACACUGGAUAAGAUUGAAAAUGAAACCAGAUGUGGUUUUGAGACGUCUAGCCAUUGCUGUGGCUUCUGAUGAUGAAAGUUACAUGCCUCAGCUGGUCACGGUUGCUGUUGGGAAAAACCGGUGGUCACUGCAGGAAAUCAGAGAUAUCCGCCUCCCCAGCAAUGUCACAGGCUAUGUUGCUCUCUUGGAGAAUGCCAGCAUCACACACCCCUACAUCCAAAUCAACAUCAAGCGGUGCCUGCGCAACGGAUGUGACACGCGGAUACAUGGCUUGAAGACACUGGGCUAUCAGAUUACCAAGAAUAAAGAGGUGUCUGUUUCAGAUGCUUCAGCCAUCUGGUACCUGUCUCUCCUCACCUCCUUGGUCACCGCAUCCAUGGAGACUAACCCUGCACUGGCUCAGACUGUCCUUCAGAGCACACAAAAAGCCUUACGGCACAUGCCACCGUUGUCCCUAACGGCUUCGUCCACAGACUUCCCCAAGUUCUUCUCCUUGAACAUCCUGAAGGAGGUGGAUGGAUUUCUCCUCAGGAUAGCAGAUUGCUGUGUGAGCCCUGAUGCAGAGUUGACGCUCCUGGCCUUUGCCCUGGCCAGAGGCAGCGUGGCAAAGGUGCUCCAGGCCCUGUCCUGCAUCAGCGAUCAUUUAGAGACGGAGUACAAGGCCUCCUCCCUCAUCGUGUCCAUGGCUUCCGUUAGGCUGAGACUGCUAAAUCGCAAUGGGAAGACUCUCCAGUUGCACUUACAGGCCUGUGAUGUGAAAAGUAAAGAGGAGAAAUCAGGACCAGAGAGCAUGCUCACAGAAUCCUCCACUGGAGACGGUUUUCUUACAGAAAGUGGCAAGAAGAAAGCUAGUGUGAUCCUGUCAACAGAGGACCAGAGUAACUUCCAGGUCACUCAGAUGAGGAUCAAAGUGCGAAAAGGAGCCAUUGGAGCAAAAUGUGGCUUGGUGUUUGCCUACAAGGAGGAAGACCCUUUUGAUGCAGAGAAACAUUUCAAGAGGUUCAAGAAAUAUGAUGCAUGGGACUACAAGGACUACAAAGAGUUUGUACAAGACAAUGCGAAGAUUCCAGCACAGUCAGAGGAUGAGCCGAUUGGCUGGUUUGAGCUUGAGAAUGACUGGAACCAUGUGGAGAUUGAGCUGCAGCAGUGUCGCAUUGCAAAGUUCCUGAUGGUGAAAUUCCUCUGCACCAGACAGGACUGGGUUGCUGAGCGCCUUGGAGUGCAGUCUCUCACCUUUCGUGGCUAUCUGUGCCCCGGGGAAGAGAGGCUCGGAGACCUGGACGACCUCAGUCCAAAGGCAGAGCGCUACGACCGUGAUGCAGUCUCUGGCCUUUGUCUACUCAACAAGACGCUAUUUUUCAUACAACAGCUUACACGAGAUAUGGAUGCCUCCAACUUCAAGCAGAAGUAUCUUCUCGACUUCAGUGAUCUCAGCCUGAAGCUCUUUUGGACCUUCUACAGUAAACUCAGGGAGAUUGAGGGAGAGGAGGUGUUGAAGAGUAGAGUUCUGCUGCUCCAGCUGAUGCAGAACUGUUUUCCCACACUGCCCAACCCACCGGAGUCCCGGAGCCCAGAGGGGAGCAGAGAGCCAGACGAGGGAGUCGCAGCAGCAGCAGCAGCAGCAGCAGCUUGUCCUUCCACAUCCAACAGUGCAGAGCCUGUGUCUGACUCUGCUAGAGCUGUGUGUGAACUCUACACUCACCUCUGCCACAUUGUGGAUGGCCCAGAGGGUGAGAUAUUAGUGGAAAAAGCUAUGCACAAAGAAGCAGUCAAGGCCAUUUUAAAUGGGGCUGCUGUUUUCUUCCCUGAUAAACGCGUCAGGCGGGACAAACUCUUUCACAUGAUGAAAAAUAUCACAGAAGAAGAUCAGCCAGAGUCAGUGAAGGUGACGUUUGAAUCACUUUGCAACUACUUCAGUGACCAGGAUCCAUGUGGCCUUCUCCUGCUCCCACCUAAAGGAGCUCCCCCAGACUUUGACAUCAGCCCCAUACUGUCAGUCAUGGAGACACUGCUUCUGGUGUCCACAAGAGAGUGCGAGGUUAUGAUGGUGGAUGGGAGUGGUGGAGCCAGCAGGACGGUGUUGCUGUCCUUGUUCUGGGCUCUGCAGGGUAGCCUGCUCUCCUGGUGCUACCUGCAGCUCAAAGGAGGAGUCUCCACCAGUAUCACCAUGGACCUCGCCAGAGACAUUCUGCUGAAAUAUGUGGAUCAGUUCCUAGGAUGUAUCAAAACUACCCUUGGUUCCCUGUUGGAGAGGUAUACUGGUGCUGAAAUAACUGACAAACUGGGCAGCUCCAUCCUAGCCACAGUCUUCAGGCAACUGAUGAUUUUACUCCUGGAGCUGUGUUCUCUGGACAUUCCUCACAGUGUGCUGCUGCAGAGCUUCUCCUCUCUGGUCGAUCUACUCAAAAAUCUUUCCAGUGAUACUGGAGACAUGUUUUGUAAGGAGGAUCAAGAGAACUGGCACCAGCCCCAGCAGCCAGUGGUGCUGAGGACCUGGAAUAUGGAGUCCCCUCACAACUAUGAGAAUAGCCACCACGAGACCACCAUCUUUGCCUGCCCUGGUGCUACCUCCUUUGAGGUGGAGUUUGAUGAGCACUGUGAGACUGAGAAGAGAUAUGACUACCUAGAAUUCACAGAUUCUAGAGGUGGGAAGGUCCGCUAUGACAUGAAGGUUGGAACUGAGAAGUGGCCAAAGAAGGUGACAUUUGAUGCUGGCCCUCAACUCCAGUUCCUCUUCCACUCUGAUAGCAGUAAUAACGAGUGGGGUUACAAGUUCACAGUGACAGCCCUGGGCCUCCCAGAUAUCACUAUUUCUUGGAUGUCAGACCUGCAGCUGCUGCUGGCUCGCCUGAUGGGUCGUCUUGCUUCCAGAACCCUUGCCCUGAAAUCCCCUCAUGAGGUACGUACUAUUAAGGAGCUUCCACCAGGGAAACUGUCCCAUGUUCAGUCUUCUCCUUUAUGGAAACCUAUUCUGCGCCACGGGUUGUGUGAAACAAGGGAGACGAAUCGGACUAAAACAGCCUCAGACGAGACAAAUACAUGGACUCUUGAUGAGUUGACCAGAUUCCUGGAAGACUUUGCCCGCUGGAACCCUUCCCAGGAGCCGACAGACAGUAGAUCAGAGCUGAUGAAGACUCUCAUGCAGUCUUGCAAAAAACAGCUAAUGAGGCACGAGAUUGCUACCGGGUCAAAGACAGACCAAGCUGUGAAUGCCAUUUGGGCAGCCAUGGUAUACCACACGCCAGCCCUAAACCAUGCCCUGAAGACUUACGUCAGUCAGGACUGCAGAUCUUGUCUAAGUGAAGAAUUUGUUCAGGUGUAUUCACUGGCAGACAGCAUCAGAACAUGGAUGCUGGAGAUGAAACAAAGAUACCGAGUUGGCAAAAUGAAUAUUCCUGAUGAGAAAGGGGUUGGAAGUCAUGAUGAAGUUACCAUAGAAACACUAGCUGAUAUGUGCAUUGAGAAGAGCCUCUUGCUUCUCAGAUUUACCCCAUGUGGAGUACCGUAUCAGAACAGUGACUAUUGCAAAGCUGGAGAGGGCAGUAGUGCUCCAUUCUUCCGCUCAGGUUCUAUCUCAGAAGGGGAUUUCCAGGCCAGCUCCUCUGUAGGACCUCAGAGUGUGGGGACUGAAGAAGGAGGUGAGGCCAAAGCAGGACAGAGCCAACACCCCAGUGCUCAAGGCCAAACCUCAUCUUGUGGACACAGCAGGCCAGGCCACAGAGACUCCACGGAGAACCUGUCUACCCAGCCAGGCGAACCUGCUUCACCUUCAGACUUCCCCCCAAAAGCCUCGUUUAGGCGGGCAUGUCUACGCCUCCUGUCCUGUCGAUCAAUAGAAGAGCCCCACAUGACCCCCUCUAUCAAGGAUCGCUACCCAAUACUCAAGCACAUCCUGAACUUUAUGAGGGACCACGCACUCACAACGGCAAGCAUUCUGCAGACCCUGUCGCUCUGCAAAGCCCAGGCUCUGAGUGUGUGCAAGGUCCUGGUGAUGGUUCAGCAGUGUUUACACUCCCUGGGAAAGCCACACCUCUUCCAACCCCCCUGCAUCCUGUUCUUACAGGAGCUGCUUGCAUGCCAGAAAGACUUCACCAGUUAUUUCUCUCAGUUAUCUGACUGUGGGCAGAAACUAGGAGAGGAGGUGAGGCGUUCCUACCAUCAGUUGGUGCUCAUGCUGGUGGAGGCAGUACAAGGCUUCAGUAGUGUCAAUGAGAAAGCCUUGCUUCCAGCCCUGUCAUGUGUGCAGACCUGCUUGUUGCACCUGCUGGACAUGAGCUGGGAGGUGCAUGACCUUCCUCUCUUUCUGAAUAUCAAGUUUCCUGACCUCCUGCUCAGCAUGGCCCAGGAGAACAUCAGUGUUCAUGACAUUGCCAUCAGUCAAUGGGCCGAGGAGGAUGAAAUCGCAGACUACAAGAAGAACCAGGAGUGGAUGGAUGAAUGUAUGGAUGGGAUGUUUGAGAAGUGGUAUGACAAAAUUGAUGAAGACAACUCCAUGGAGGAUAGGAGAAAGAUGCACAUGUUCAUUGCUCGUUAUUGUGACCUGCUCAAUGUUGUGAUCUCCUGUGAUGGCUGUGAGAGGAUGGCGCCUUGGCAUCGCUACCGAUGUCUGCAGUGCAUGGACAUGGACCUCUGCAAGACUUGUUUCCUCAGUGGUGCCAAGCCUGAGGGCCAUGAGGAUGACCAUGAGAUGGUGAACAUGGAAUAUGCUUGUGACCAUUGCCAGGGGCUCAUUGUAGGCAGGAGGAUCAAUUGCAACGUCUGUGAGGACUUCGACCUUUGCUUUGGUUGUUACAAUGCAAAGAAGUAUCCCGACAGCCACCUACCCACCCAUCGGAUCACAGUUUACCCAAUGGUAACCAUACGAAUCAGUGACCGUCACCGCUUGAUCCAGCCAUACAUCCACAACUACUCUUGGCUCCUGUUUGCUGCUUUGGCCCUCUACACGUCAGAACUGAGCAGUGAGAAGCACGUGGAGGGAGAGCCUUUGAACAGCAAUGCUUUGAGGCAGGCCUCAGCCCUGCAGGCAUGCUCCUCCCAACUCAUCACAGAUUGCUUGCUCAAGGGGCAAUCUGGCAAAGCCUUGCUCGCUCUGCUGUCAUCCAAUGAAUCAGCUUCUGAUAGUGAGCUGUGUCCCGUCUCCCCAGAGUCCUCUCAGGAGCUCAGUACAGCCACUGACACCUCCUCUCUCCCUGGCAGCACUGCAGCAAUCUGCUCCCCAUCCUCUCCCAAAGACAAGAGUAAACCAUCAGGUAAAGAGAAAAAGGCCAAGGAGGUGGGCUCUCCUCCCCCUGCUCCUUCAGAAGUGGCAUCCCCCCUAAGCACUGGAGAAGGGGAGAAAAGAAAAUUGGUUACCCAAGACACCCUGGACUCCCCCAGCCUCAGCCAGACACCUUCUAUGUCCAGUGAGGAUCCCCUCUCCCCUGUGGUCCGAUCUUCAGAGUCUGGACCAGGAACAGUCAAUUCUCCAGCAUCUGAUGUUGUCAAGGAGACAGAUGAGAGAUUGCCCCAGGUUCCCCUUCAGGAGCAUGUGUUUUCAGAGUGUUCCAGAGAGAGGAUCCUGGGACUACUAGCUGCCAUGCUGCCACCAGCCAAACCAGGCAGCAUUCUGGCUCUCCCCAGUGUGAACUCCAUCCUGCCCCAGCUUUUCAGGUCAGUCAUAUCCAAUGCUGGAUCUCUCAACGAGACCUUUCACCUCACUCUUGGACUGCUGGGUCAGCUGCUGCUCCGAAUUCCUCCGAUAGAGGCCGACACUGCCGUCACAGAGGCCCUGGCAGACAAAUAUGAUUUGUUAUCACAAGGAGAGGCAGCCAGUACAGACACCCCAGGCUGGAAAACCACCCAGCUGCUUUUCAGCCUAGGAGCCAUCUGUUUAGACAGUCGUAUUGGUCUGGAUUGGGCGUGCACAGUGGCAGAUAUCUUACACAGUCUGGAUGGUUGUCCGGAGUGGAGCACAGUCAUCGCUGCCUUCACUGACCACUGCAUUCAGCAGCUUCCCCAAACUCUUAAACGCACCAGCCUCUUCACUCUGCUGGUGCUGGUGGGCUUCCCAGAGGUGCUAUGUGUGGGCACUCAGACGGUGUUUAUCGACAACGCCAACGAACAGCACAACAUGAUCUUGCUCAAACACUUCACAGAAAAGAACCACGCUGCAGUGGUAGAUGUUAAGACACGCAAGAGGAAAACAGUGAAAGACUACCAACUCAUCCAGUCUCAGGAUUCCGCUACAGUCACUCUCCCUGAGCAGUCAGAGGGCCAGGGCUCCCCAAAAACCCUGCUCAGCCGCUACUUGUGCAAUUUCACCUCCAUUAUCAGCCACCUGUUGGAGACCAGCCAGGACAAUGACUCUCUUGAUGCUGUGGAGGCUUCCUGGGUCCUCUCCUUGGCGCUUAAAGGCCUCUACAAUACACUGAAGCAACAUGGAGUAGAGCAAUCUCAGGACGCCAUCCAGCAGUCAGGACUGACCCAGCUGCUGGUGAGGAAGUGCGGCAAAGGGACAGGCUUCAGCAAGCUGUGGUUGCUACGAGAUCUAGAGAUUCUCUCCAUCAUGCUGUACUCCUCCAAGAGGGAGAUCCAUUCCAUGACCCAGGACCCGGAGCGAGACCAAAGAGAGCAGGAAAAGGAGCACGACUCUGACCACUCCAGUUGUUGCGCUGACGACACUGACACCAACAGGGCCGACCCUUUGGAGGGUCUCGAUGAGGAGACCAAGAUUUGCUUCCAGAUCACCCAUGAUGCCUUAAAUGCCCCUCUGCCAAUACUGCGAGCCAUGUAUGAGUUGCAGAUGAAGAGAACAGACUCUUUCUUCCUGGAAGUGCAGAAGAGAUUUGAUGGCGAAGAGAUAAAAACAGAUGAGACAAUUCGUACACUGGCUCAGAAGUGGCAACCUGCCCGGAGGCCUCGCUCCGAGGAGAAGAAUACCAAGGCCGUGGACACUGAUAUGAUUGUGGUGUCAUGCAUGUCUAAACCAAGUCACUGUGAAAAAGCCACAGAGGAGAUCAACGUAGUGGCCCAGAAGCUUAUUACAAAUUCAGAGAGCGACUUACAGCUCAGCUAUGCCAAACAGAGGCGCACCAGAAGUUCAGCUCUAUUGCACAAGGAACUGGAUGUGCGCAGCAAUCGGGCAGUUCGUCAGUACCUGGUGAAGGUCAACCAGGCCAUCGCCACACUGUACGCCCGCCAUGUGCUGGCCUUGCUGCUGGCCGAGUGGCCCGCAGAGGCAGCAUUGAGCGAGGAGGCGCUUGACCUGAACGGUGCUUCACACAUGGCCUACAUCCUGGAUAUGUUAAUGCAGCUGGAGGAGAAGCCUCUCUGGGAGAAGAUUCUCCAAAGGGUGCUGAAGGGCUGCAGCGAGAGUAUGCUGUGCAGUCUGUCUCUCACUGCUUGCCAGUUCAUGGAGGAGCCAGGUAUGGUUGGGCAGGUCAGAGAAUCCAAACACCCAUAUGACAACAACACCAACUUUGAGGACAAGGUACACAUUCCAGGGGCCAUUUACCUGUCGGUAAAAUUUGACUCCCGCUGCUACACGGAGGAAGGCUGUGAUGAGCUCAUCAUGUCCAGCAGCAGUGAUUUUCUGCAGGAUGUCCACAACUUCAGUGGGUCUCCUCAGAAAUGGUCUGAUUUUGAGAUUCCUGGUGAUACCCUUUACUACAGAUUUAUGUCAGACAUGAGCAACACAGAGUGGGGUUACAAGUUUUACGUUACAGGAGGCCACAGAGGACGUUUCCAGACAGGUUUCGAGAUACUGAAGCAAAUGCUAACCGAUGAAAGUGUGCUCAGUCACCUGCCUCUGGCUGACAUCUGGGAGUGGCAGGUGGGCGUGGCCUGUCGCCAGACCGGGAGCCAGCGACUCAAAGCCAUUCACUUGUUGCUCCGCCUCCUGCAGUGUCAGCCCCAGAAAGCCUGUGAGCUGACUCUGCUGCGUCCUCUAUGGCAGCUCUAUAUGUCUAUGGAAAACAGUCUGAGCCAGGAUCCCACCAGUAUCACUGUGCUGCUGCCUCUUCACAGAGCCCUGACUGAACUCUUCUUCAUCGCAGAGGCCCGUGCCAUUGCACAGGGUGUCCUCCAGGAGUACCUGUUAGCCAUGACCACUGACGAGCAGCUCCUCAGUCACAUUGCAGUGGCCCUGAAGAACAUCGCUGCUAUCAGCCUGGCCAUCAAUUACCCCAAUAAAUCUACGCAGCUACUGAACAUGUCCCUCUAAGUGAUCCGCAGGGAGAAAAGAGAACAACCUGAAGGGGACACAUUCUGACUCAGCUGGUUCACUUUGAACGAGGAGCAGAGAGGUGAGGGAGAAAAACCUCCCUGGCAUCCAGUGCUUUCCCUCUAACAGGACCCCCUCCACGGCACUAACUCUUUGACAUGAGCUGCGGAGGGGUACUCAAAGAGCACUUUCCACACUUCCUCACAAUCCUUUUUGCCUUAGGUGAAUCCAUUAUAUCAGCAUGUGCAUUCACUUGAACAGGAACGAUUGCGGGGUCUAUUUUUUUUUUUCUACUUUUUUUAAUUUAAUUUUAUUUACACUAGUUUUUACUUGAAGAUGCUGUGUGGAAGAACAUGAGGUGUGCCAAAUUCACAACUUUCAAGGGGAACUAUAUUCCUUUUUGUCCUGCCUUUGCUCCUCCUAAACAGCAGCCACUCUGGGUUACAUAGUUGAUCAUGGUGAAAACGGGUCACCUUGACGACUUUUGUGUCUCAGUGGACAUGUUGAGCAUCCUAAAAAUACUGUCCAGGACAGUGUAGUCUCAUUAGUCACCAUGGGGAAAAAGUACUGACCUACUAGCUCAUUCCAUUCCCUCCUCCUUUCCUUAUUCUUUCAUUUCAUUUCCUCCUACUCACCUUCUCCCUUUUUUCCUUUCCUAUUUACCUCUCUCCUUUUCAGACAGCAGAAGUAGAUGGUGGUAAUUUAGGGCUCUUGUUAAAGGGAAAGAUCAGCGUAUGAUCCUAGAUAUUCUGAGCGUAUAUCUGGUCCGCAGCUUGUCAUGAUGACAAGUGUGAGAUCCACUUCAGAACUGAUGACAGUACGAUAAAGAUGAUCCUCACAACAGCCAAAGUCUUUGCAUGCGAUGAGAAUUAACAUUACAGCUGAGGGAAAACUGGGAUACUAACCUGUUGCAAUGCAUUCCUCCCUGUUAUUUCAGUCAAUAUGUCGAAGUACUUUCACUCCAUUUCUCGUGAAUGAAUGAAAGACCAUUAUGAUGUCAAAUGUUCAUGAAAACGAUUAACAGCAAAAAGUCAUUGAGAAACGAUGAAUCUCUUAAAGGCCUUCAGUUUUAUCCACGUAUUUAUUUAUUAACAGUAAUUAUUUUAUUUAAAGUGUGAUUAAGUUCAGUGCUUUAUGUGGGUCUUGAUUUAUUUUUCGAAGUGGUGAUAGAAAAGCUGAAUCACAAAUGACAGUGUGUCACACUGUCAUGUACCCAUAGCUUUGUGUACUGUAAUAAAUGUGAGAAAACUGGCGUCUUUACACAAAUCUAAAACAGAGCAAAGACUGCAGUUUCCCACUAAUACACAAAGCUUGUGUCACUCACAAGGUUUUUAAAGACUUAGGACUUUGAAAACCUAAAGGGACAUUUCACCCUUUUCACCCCAUAUUCCCCUUCUUACCUGUAGUGCUGUUUAUUCAUCCAGACUGUCUUGGUGUGAGCUGCAAGAGUUAUGGAAUUGUGUUGUGUUGGAAAUAAAACUCGGCAACUCGCGCCAAAAUGAACUAGAUUGAUAAAUAGCACUACAGUUAAGAGGUAAAAUAUGUAUUUUGGGGAUAACUGUCCCUUAAAUUGGCUGUCAUUGCGACAAGCAUAAAGUAACUAUAAAAGACACAUUAUGCCACUUAUUCACACAAGAAACACAAGAACACAAGAAAGUUGGAUCCUUUAAUACUGUCAUCAUCUCUUGUAAUUGCACAUGUAAUGGGCUCAUGCUGAACUCGGUCACAUCACGCAAACCCCACAUUUUAUUAAAGCUGAGAGCCACCUGUAGCCACAUCUGCGAAGAUUUAAUCGUGUACUUUCAUGUUAAAGAAGGCAUCAAAUUUUGGGUACAGACAAAUCCACACAUUGGUUUCAAAGAGAAUGAGUAGAUGGUUUUGGAUCAUUAUUGUAUUGAUUUCAGAGGAACUUUUUUUGUUGGAGGCAGUCAUGGUGGUUUAUACCAAAGAAACCCAUCAUUGUGAGCCAUGCAACAAUUGUAUAACAGCUCCUGGUAGAGUUACUUCUCUGUUUAUCACAUAUCAGACAGCUACCCUGUGAGAAGCUGGAGCAAAGGAAACCUUUAGACAUUGUUUGUUGUUUUUUUUUUACUUUAUCCUUUUCUUUUUUCCUUUUUUUAUUUUUAAAAUGGUCCCUACAAGGACCCUAGUAUAGUUCAGUGGUUUUGUUUACACAAACAUCAGCUGCAGCAAGGAGGGAGGAAGAGAAACAUGGCCUCCACUUGGCUUCUACGACGCCUCACCUAUCUACUAUGUGCCUAUGGUUAAAAGAGAAGCAAUCAUAAUUUAACUCAUGUUAGCCGAAUAGUUAUUAAUUCUAUUUUAAAAGAGAAAUAUAUUGUUUAAUUUGAAGGGUUUUUUUGUAACUUUUUACUUUUAAUCUUGCUUUCUUUAGUGAAGAUGCUUGAUAUUCGAGGCUGACUAAUUUGAAUGUACAUAUCUGUGAAUAUCAAUUGCACAGGAGAAAGACUUUGAUAUAAACCCCUUACAACUAUAAACUUUAUCGGGCACUAACAGAUGGACACUUUGAUUCUGAUUUUGUAUGCAUGGCACAUUGAAGGUUAAAGAAAAUACUGCUUGGGUUGAAAUGUGAUCCAUUUCUAAUAAAAAUAGAAAUGACUUAAAUGCAA